AGAGUACCAUAAACGCAAGUGUAAGAAUUUCGUGGCAUUUCUUAAAGCUCUCUACUCCCUGAUACGCUGCGUGUAUCAUUUGAAGACACGAGAUCUACGGACUAAGGUAGCGAGUAAAAGAGUGCUUCUAACAUAUGUAUGGACAGAGAACAGUUCAGAACUGAUAGAGCUAUCCAGUGUAAAUUAAGGUUAUAGUUUAGGUUAGGUUUAACACUGUAUCAUUGACUGAUGUCAAUGUAAAGGUAGCUCUUUCUUCUCAAGUAUUUUGAGACCUUGAGUAGAGGUCCAACCAAAGAUUUAAACUGAGUCUCCCAGAUUGAUUCGAAAGACAAGUGCCGGUACAUGCAAUUGUGUUCCUUGUUCUAACUCGUUGCUUCGGGUUACUGAACGAAUGACUUAGAUUCUUGCACUUCACUUGAUGGCAUUAAUAUUAGGAUGUUAGGGUUUGUAAUCCAAGUGAGAAUAUAUACAUUUUAAGACCUAACCAGGAACGACUGCGAAAAUUCAGCACAAGGUCUUCUGGUAGGAAUUGAACCUACGGCCCUGCGAUUCCGGUGCAGCGCUCUAACCAACUGAGCUACAGAGGCCAGCUGUUGAGCUGUAACCGUAAGUUCAUGUAUAUAUAGGUAAUCGGGUGUUUACAGCUCAACAGCUGGCCUCUGUAGCUCAGUUGGUUAAAGCGCUGCACCGGAAUCGCAGGGCCGUAGGUUCAAUUCCUACCAGAGGACCCUGUGCUGCAUUUUCGCAGUCGUUCCUGGUUAGGUCUUAGAAUUUAUAUAUUCUCACUUGGAUUCCAAACCUUAACAUCCUAAUAUUACUGAACGAAUACCUUUCAGAAACAUGUACUUUGUCUUUAUGUACUUCAUUUUAAACACUAAGUACAUCUUAAGUAUUAAGUUUUUACCAGCUCAAACACGCGGCAAUAACCAUUGCAGUACACACGUAAAAACGCGCAAGUUGUAACAAACCUGCAGCAGACUAUAUAUGCUGUUCCAACAACUUGUCAACAGGAUGUGUUCGCACUGCUUGUUCCCAGCUUGUUGACAAGUUGUCAACGGCUUGUUGACAACUUGCUACAAGGUUGUUGAGCUCAACAGACUUGUUACAAGUUGCUCCAACAACUUGUUGUCGUCCUGCAAUUCAACAAUUUGUCAACAAGUUGUGAGUGACAACCUUGUAGCAACUUGAUAAAAUAACAGCACUGUUACAACUUGUUGACAAGCUUGCUACAAGCCUGUUGCGAACACAUCUUGUUGACAAGUUGUGAGUGACGACCUUGUAGCAACUUGAUAAAAUAACAGCAUUGUUACAACUUGUUGACAAGCUUGCUACAAGCCUGUUGCGAACACAUCUUGUUGACAAGUUGUGAGAUUUUUACAUGUGUACCAGUCAGGUACGACUAAGAAUCUUGGAUUAUGGCACCCUGAUUCUCUGUUAAUACAUUCAGGUGCCACUCAGUCGAGACUAUCUGAAAGUGAUCAACACAGAUGUACCCUUGGACGCCAAAGGAAAACCCAUCAGACAUCAGAGAGUUACAAUUACCAAUGCCCAAAAUAACGAGGGCUCAACAGAUUCUUUUCACAUCAGAGGAAGCGACUCGGACCGAGUGACCAGUACGGUCCCUAACGAGUCCUUGCCGAACGUUUCACGACCAUCAGCGAUAGAAUGCGGUUCUACUUCAGAAAAGCAAAGUACUGGUUUUCCAGCUAAGCGGUAUGAAGUUGCGACUAUUGUGUUAUUUUACCACUUUAUCAGGAUGUGUUCGCACUGCUUGUUCCCAGUUGUUGUGACAAGUCUGGAACAAGUUGUCAUCACCUUGUUACAAGGUUGAUGACGGUAACAGACUUGCUACAAGUUGUCCCAACAAGAUUAAUGCAGGCUGUUCAUAACAAGUUUCUACGGGUUUGUUGUCAUCAACGUAUUAACAACUUGUUAUACGUGCAGAUGAUAUCAGACUUUGUAUAACAACUUGUUGCAAGUCUGUUGGCCUCAUCAACCUUGUUACAAGAUGAUCCAACUUGUUCCAGACUUGUCAACAACUGGGAACAAGCAGUGCGAACACAUCUUGUUGACAAGUUGUGAAGUUUUUAUGCUUGUACUGUACCACCCCGAAUUUUCGUGUCACUAUAUUAAUAAUGAAUGUAUCAUUCCUGCUGCACUUACAGGCACGUGUCACAUUCAUUUCUUAUUAUUUAGUAUGAAAAAUAUGCUGGCACGAUCUGGUACGUUAGAAGAUAUUCCAGAGCCUGGCAGUUUGCCUGCAGGUCAAGACAAUCCAUCCAGUAGAGCUGGGAUCAGUCGCUGUAGUCUGCAGGGGACCUUGUUAUCA